UUUCUCUUUCCCACAUUGCUGUAGGAGAAGCCCCCUCCUCUCUCACCCAUCCCUCCCCUCCUUCCUGUCCCUCAGCUCGAACCAAUCAGGCCUCUCGGUGGGGGCAGGGCAAAGCAGAACCACCAUUCCUGUGUGGAGCUGCUGCAUCUCCCCAGAGCUAACAGGGAGCUAGCAGCUCAGAGGGAGGAGACACGCUUCAGCUUCGGGCCUGCUGCUUUUUCUUCUGCUCCAGACAGAGAGGGAUCAGCGAGGGGGGAACAGGAAGACCCUUCACUCCGUAGUGUGUGUCAGCUCCUGGCGGACGUGCAGGCAGGAUGAUAGCGGCUCAGCUUCUGGCCUACUACUUCACCGAGUUGAAGGAUGAUCAACUCAAAAAGAUCGAUAAGUACCUGUACUCCAUGCGGUUCUCCGAUGACACGGUGAAGGACAUCAUGAACCGGUUCCGCAGGGAGAUGGAGAACGGGCUCGGCCGGGACACCAGCCCCACGGCCACCGUCAAGAUGCUGCCCACCUUUGUCAGGUCCAUCCCUGACGGAUCAGAGAAGGGGGACUUCAUCGCUCUGGAUCUCGGAGGCUCGAACUUCCGGAUCCUACGAGUCAAAGUGACUCAGGACAAGAAGCAGCCCGUCCAGAUGGAGAGCCAGGUCUACGAGACCCCCGAUGACAUCAUCCACGGCAACGGGACUCGGCUGUUUGGCCAUGUUGCAGAUUGCCUGGGCGACUUCAUGGAGAAGCAAAACAUCAAGGAUAAAAAGCUUCCAGUGGGAUUUACGUUCUCCUUCCCGUGUGCCCAGUCCAAACUGGACGAGGCGGUCUUAGUGACAUGGACAAAGAAGUUCAAAGCCAGCGGAGUCGAGGGCAUGGACGUUGUGCAGCUUCUGAAUAAGGCCAUCAAGAAACGAGGGGACUAUGAGGCCGACAUCAUGGCGGUGGUUAACGACACGACCGGCACCAUGAUGACGUGUGGAUUUGACGAUCAGCGCUGUGAAGUCGGCAUCAUCAUCGGAACGGGAACGAACGCCUGCUACAUGGAGGAGCUGCGUCACAUCGACCUGGUGGAGGGAGACGAGGGGAGGAUGUGCAUCAACACCGAGUGGGGGGCCUUCGGAGACGACGGGUCCCUGGAGGACAUCCGCACAGAGUUUGACCGUGAGAUCGACAGGGGGUCAAUCAACCCCGGGAAACAGCUGUUUGAGAAGAUGGCGAGUGGGAUGUACAUGGGGGAGCUGGUUCGACUCAUCCUGGUCAAGAUGGCCAAAGAGGGGCUGCUAUUCGAGGGGAGGAUAACCCCUGAGUUGCUGACGAAAGGAAAGAUCGAGACGAAACACGUUUCUGCCAUCGAAAAGACCAAAGAGGGGCUGAAGAAGUGCAUGGAGAUCCUGACGAGGCUCGGGGUGGAGCCGUCCGAUGAAGACUGCCUGGCCGUGCAGCAUGUGUGCACCAUCGUAUCCUUCCGCUCUGCAAAUCUGAUCUCUGCCACACUGGGAGGCAUCCUCUCCCGUCUGAAGGAAAACAAAGGAGUCGCACGCCUACGCACCACCGUGGGCAUCGACGGCUCGCUCUACAAGAUGCACCCUCAAUACGCCCGACGUCUGCACAAGACGGUGCGUCGCCUGGUGCCGGACUCGGAUGUGCGCUUCCUGCUGUCGGAGAGUGGGAGUGCGAAAGGCGCCGCCAUGGUGACGGCCGUGGCGUACCGUCUGACGGAGCAGGCUCGCCAGAUCCAGCAGACCAUGGCGGAGUUCAGGCUGAGCAAAGAGCAGCUGCUGGAGGUGAAGAAGCGCAUGAGGGUGGAGAUCGAGAGAGGCCUGAAGAAGAGCAGCCACCAGGAGGCCACCGUCAAGAUGUUGCCCACUUUCGUCCGAAGAACACCGGACGGAACAGAGAAUGGAGAUUUCCUCGCUCUGGACCUCGGAGGGACAAACUUCCGCGUGCUCCUGGUGAAGAUUCGUAGCGGGAAGAAGCGAUCGGUGGAGAUGCACAACAAAAUCUACGCCAUUCCCAUAGAAGUCAUGCAGGGCACAGGAGAAGAGCUCUUUGACCACAUUGUGCACUGCAUCUCCGAUUUCCUGGACUACAUGGGGAUGAAAAGCGCUCGCCUGCCGCUGGGUUUCACCUUCUCCUUCCCCUGCCAUCAGACCAGCCUGGACGCAGGUAUUCUCGUCACCUGGACCAAAGGCUUCAAGGCUACGGACUGUGAGGGUGAAGAUGUGGUGGAGCUGCUCCGGGACGCCAUCAAGAGGAAAGAGGAGUUUGAGCUGGAUGUGGUGGCGAUAGUGAACGACACGGUGGGGACGAUGAUGACCUGCGCGUACGAGGAGCCCAACUGUGAGGUGGGACUGAUCGCAGGGACCGGCAGUAACGCCUGCUACAUGGAGGAGACGAAGAACAUCGAGAUCGUGGAGGGAAGCGAAGGCCGUAUGUGUGUGAACAUGGAGUGGGGGGCUUUCGGAGACAAUGGCUGCCUGGACGACAUCAGGACCACGUACGACCAGUCGGUGGACGAGAACUCGCUCAACGAAGGGAAACAGAGAUAUGAGAAGAUGUGCAGUGGCAUGUACCUUGGAGAAAUCGUCAGGCAGAUUCUGCUCGAUCUGACCAAGCGGGGCUUCCUCUUCCGGGGACAAAUCUCAGAGGCGCUGAAGACCCGGGGCAUCUUCGAGACCAAGUUCCUGUCACAGAUAGAGAGCGAUCGUCUGGCGCUGCUACAGGUCAGGGCCAUCCUGCAGCAGCUGGGGCUCGACAGCACCUGUGAUGACAGUAUUAUCGUGAAGGAGGUGUGCGGCACGGUGUCCCGUCGCGCCGCUCAGAUCUGCGGAGCCGGGAUGGCGGCCGUGGUCGACAAGAUCCGUGAGAACAGAGGCCUGGACCACCUCGACAUCACAGUGGGCGUGGACGGCACGCUCUACAAGCUGCACCCACACUUCUCACGGAUUUUCCAUCAGACGGUGAAGGAUCUCGCCCCGAAAUGUGACGUCAACUUCCUGCUAUCGGAGGACGGCAGCGGGAAGGGGGCCGCCCUCAUCACCGCUGUCGGUUGCCGCCAGAGAGAGCUGGAUGCCCAGCAGCAGUGAGGAGCUCCUUGAGGAAAAACUACCUGCUGCUCCGCCCUGCCUUCCACCCACCGCACAGCCGACAUCCCAUCCACCCCCCCCUUGGCAGCCGUGACUCGCCCUCUGCCCCACCUGGCCCCCCCCCCACACACAGCCAGAGAGUCAUGCUGCAUGAAUAGGAAAUUAAAUAUCUGAUUUAUUUAUACUGCACCAGAGGUUUUAUUAUUUCCAUGUUUGUACAUUUUCCUCUAUAGCCCGUCAGUAAACGGAUCAAUCUAAAAAUCCAUAGGUGUGCAAUAUUUGUGUAUUGCCAAUUUUAUUUUUAUAUGGAGGCAAAUAUAUAAUUGUGUUUAUAUAGCUGAGGCCACUUUGAAUCCCAGAGGUCAUUAAGAUUUUUGCAUCAUAGACACUAGAAAAUGUUAGCACUUUUUAUAUGAGGGUGACAAACAACAAGCAGCUUUUCAAUGUAACUUCCAAACGAAGGACGUCUUUUCGACUGGCUCCAAAAGGGCUCGCUGCAAAAAGGGUUGAAUACAAGAGUCACGGCUGUUCAAAUCAUCCUCAUGUCUGUGCAACCACACGAUGUGCUUAGCUACUAAACACUCUUUGUGUAACCGUCAUUGUAACUCUCAUAUUAAAGUACACCACGUUCUCCUCCAGAACUAGAAAGGCCGAGAGUGGAAGUGUUAUCCUGUUGCUAUUUGUGAACUACUAUACUUUUGGUGUUGUGAUGAAUCCCCCACUUUUUUCUCAUUGUACGUGCAAAAGAAUAAGUGUUUAUCGGGCCCCUGUGAAAAGAGUGGAUACUAUGAGCGCUUCUGUGUGUACCUGUGGCGAGUGUGUCUUUCUGUAGUGAGCUGUAGCUUUCAAUGUCCAAAGCUCUGUGGAGACUGCAUGCCUUACAUUAAGACAAAGGAGAGUUCUGGAUCAUUCUUCUUCUUUCUUUCUGUUUUUCUUUUGUACAUCAAUAUAGAUUUGUGAUCGACACCGUGGAAAGUGAAUUCAUUAAAUUAUAUUUUGUUGUGGACCAAA